AUGGGAAGCUCAGAAGAAAGAGUUGUUGCUGUGAUCAUGGUUGGUGGACCCACAAAAGGUACUAGAUUUAGGCCAUUGUCAUUGAAUAUUCCAAAGCCACUUUUUCCAUUAGCAGGGCAGCCCAUGGUUCAUCAUCCAAUAUCUGCUUGUAAAAGGAUCCCAAAUCUAGUACAGAUAUACCUUGUUGGUUUCUAUGAGGAGCGUGAAUUUGCACUAUACGUCUCUUCAAUUUCUAACGAGCUUAGAGUUCCUGUCAGAUACGUGAGAGAGGACAAGCCACACGGAUCAGCUGGUGGACUUUAUAACUUCAGGGAUUUGAUCAUGGAGGACAAUCCGUCACACGUUGUUUUGCUGAAUUGUGAUGUUUGUUGCAGUUUUCCACUGCCUGAGAUGUUAGAGGCUCACAGAAGAUAUGGAGGAAUGGGAACAAUUUUGGUUAUCAAGGUUGUUAGCUAUAUUUUUAUCCUGAGGCGCAAUUCAAGUCGAUCGUCAUUUUCCUCCACGUAUUAUGGUUUGAUUUCCAUAUUACUAUGUAUGCGGGUAUCCCCCGAGUCAGCAAACCAGUUCGGGGAACUAGUAUCGGACCCUGUUACUAAUGAACUUCUGCACUAUACGGAGAAGCCUGAAACUUUUGUGAGUGACCGUAUAAAUUGUGGCGCAUACAUUUUUACUCCAGAUAUCUUUACUGCUAUUCAAGGUGUAUCCACACAACGAAAAGAUAGAGCUACCCUAAGGCGUUUGUCCAGUUUUGAAGCCCUUCAGCCACCAAACAGGAGUUCUCCAUCAGGUUUUGUACGAUUGGAUCAAGAUAUUCUAUCGCCACUUGCAGGGAAAAAACAGUUAUAUGUAUACGAAACCAUGGAUUUCUGGGAACAAAUAAAAACUCCUGGAAUGUCUUUGAAAUGUUCUGCCUUGUAUCUUGCCCAGUUCAGAUUCACCUCACCCCAUCUCUUGGCAAGUGGUGAUGGGACCAAGAACGCCACCAUUUCUGGCGAUGUAUAUAUUCAUCCAUCUGCAAAGGUUCGUCCAACAGCCAAGAUUGGUCCCAACGUUUCAAUUUCUGUCAAUGCUCGUAUAGGAGCUGGUGUGAGGCUCGUCAGUUGCAUCAUUCUUGAUGAUGUCGAAAUCAAGGAAAAUGCGGUUGUAAUUCAUGCAAUUGUUGGAUGGAAGUCCUCUAUUGGAAGGUGGUCUCGAGUUCAGGCUGCAGGAGAUUAUAAUGCAAAGCUUGGGGUUACAAUUCUUGGUGAAUCCGUGACGGUUGAAGAUGAAGUGGUUGUGAUCAACAGCAUUGUCCUUCCAAACAAGACUCUUAAUGUCAGUGUUCAAGAGGAAAUCAUACUGGUUGAGCUUUUCAAUCUGUUGUCAAGUGCCUUAUUAGGUCAACUUCUCAUGAGCAUCGUCCUCUCUAGAUCUGCUUCUAGUUGUUUGGCUCAAUGCCUCUUUACCUUGGGUUGCAUGAGCUUGACCAGAACAACCCAGUCUGACCUCUUUGGCCAUGCUGAGGCUCUCCACUUGUACUUCAACAUGGUCACCUUCUUGACUUUCUUUUGCCACCUGGCUAGGUAG